UUGUGGGUGUGUGCGUCGGUGAACGCGCGCGCGCGCGUGUGUGUGUGUGUGUGUGUGUGUGUUUCCGUCGACCGGGACCGGGACCGGGGCCGGCGGGGCACCACACUCUCGGUCGGUCGGUUUCACGACGGCAGCAGUUUGCCGCGAUCAGCCUUGCCCGAACGAACGACACGACAUUAUAUCGUAUUAGCGCGCGCACCACGUCGUAAAUAAUAUUAUUUUGUACUCAAUAUACCUGCGAGCCGAUGACACACUCGCGCGCGCACGCACACGAGUCACGUUAAAACAAUAUUAUAAUAAUAUUAUAUUAUUAUCGUUUAAUAAUUUUUCGUCCCGCGGUACAUCGUCGUCGUCCGGGUAUAUAAUAUUAUAUAUUAUUAUUAUUUUGUUAUAUUAUAUUGAACCGCGGUAAUAACACGGUCGAACACGCACGCGAAUUCGCCACAGGCCGGUAUACGUUGCAAGUGUUUUUGCGAACGGCGCGCGUCCAGAGUCGAUAUAGGUUGCCGAGCAAAACGGCGGAAAUCUGCGGCGGCGCGAAGCGACCGUUACGAGACAUCCGCUUAUACCUGUAGUGUAUAGGUAUAUAUGCCGUACGGUCGCUGUGGACAAAUAUUAUGUACGAUUGUCCGCCGUUACCGUCACCGCCGCAUUCGCUAGCGCCGCAGUUGUCGCCGUCGUUCCCGCGGUCGCGAUCGCCGCUCCGCCGUCGCUUCUGAUAUCGCGUAGUGCAGUUUGCAGCGACAGACGGACAGACGCGUGAAGCAACGACGUCUACACUGAUAUCGUACACUCUACAUACGAUUAAUAUAAUUGUACCGAUAAACGCAGGUAAAAGUAAAAACGCUUAACUAUGACAAUGCUAUCGUCGCAAAAACUUUUGUACUCCGACACGGCGACCGCAGCGGCCGCGGCCGCAGCCGCAGCCGCCGCCGCCGUCAACGCGGCGGCCAUGUACGGCGGCAACUCUUCGACCACCGGCGGCGGCGGCGGCGGUGGCGGCGGACCGUCGUCGACCCCGUCGCUGUGCUCGCCGCCCCCGCAGUCGCACCACCAACAGCAACAGCAACAACAGCAGCAGCAGCAACAGCAACAGCAACAGCAGCUCGUGUUCGGCAGCAGCGCGUCCGCCGCGGCCAAUAUGCAACAGCAACUGUACGGCGGCAUGAACUCCGCCGCCAGCGCGGCCGCGGCCAUGUACGGUCUGAACGCGUCGGCCGCCGCCGUCGCUGCCGCGGCCGCGGCCGCCGGUGCGGGGGGCGACCCGACCGGUGCCGCGAACGCCGCCGCGCUGCAACGUGUCCGCGCCGACAAGACGUAUCGUCGGAACUACACGCACGCCAAACCUCCGUACUCGUACAUUUCGCUCAUCACGAUGGCCAUACAAAACUCGCCGGUGAAGAUGCUCACGCUCUCGGAAAUCUAUCAGUUCAUCAUGGAUCUGUUUCCGUUCUACCGGCAAAACCAACAGCGGUGGCAGAACUCCAUCAGGCACUCGCUGUCGUUCAACGACUGUUUCGUCAAAGUGCCCCGGACGCCCGACAAACCGGGCAAGGGUUCGUUCUGGACGUUGCACCCGGACUCGGGAAACAUGUUCGAGAACGGUUGCUACCUCCGACGGCAGAAGCGCUUCAAAGACGACAAAAAAGACGCCUCGUCGAUCCGGCAACACGGCGACGGCGGUGGCGGUCACCACCACCAGCACCACGGAGGCCACAAUCACUCGAAGAGUUCGUCGCCCAUGCUGCACAGCGGCGGCGGCAGUCAGCACCAGCUCAGCGGUCAACAUCAACUCGGCGGCGGCCACCACCAUCAGCAGCACCACUUGGACAUGGUGCUGGACAAAAAACCGUCGUCUUCGGUACCGCCGUCGUCGGCGUCGUCCUCGUCGGUGCUCGCCGCCGCCGCCGACCACCACCACCAUUUGCUGCAACUGCAACACCAUCACAAUCAAAAACUGGGCGCCGGCGGCGGCGGGCUCAUGUCUUCAUCCGCCGCGGCAGACUUGGGAUUCGGCAGUGGCAUGCACCAUCAACACCAACAGCACCAACAGCAGCAGCAGCACGGCAAACACCAUUUGCUGCUGCACCACCACCACACGCACGAGCACCAAAAUAGCCAUAACAACGGCAAUCACCACGACAGUGAUCACGAUCACGUGCACCACAUGCACCAUCAUUUGCAACAACACGGCGGCGGCGACGACGACUCGUCGUCGUCAAUGUUGGUCGGGUCGUUGCUGCAACACCACCAACACCAGCAACAGCAACACCAACAGCAACAGCACCACCACCAGCAGCAGCAACACCAUCAGCAGCAGCACAGUCCGGUGGACAUUUACGCCGCGGCCGCGGCCGCCGCGCACCACAACCACCAGCAGCAACAACAGCACCAGCAGCAGCAGCAACAGCACCACAGUCACCAUCAGCAACUCCAACUGCAACAACACCUCAAGUCUUCAGCGGCGGCGGCCGCGGCCGCGGCCGCUGCCGAGUUCGCCGCGUCCAGCCAUCCGUUUUCGAUUACGCGAUUGUUGCCGCCACCGCCGACGGCCUCCUCGGUGGCCGCAGCCGCGUCCGCGUCCGACAAACCGUCGUCGGCCGCUUCCGUGGCCGCGGCCAGCGCGUCGUCCGCGACCGCCGCCUCGGCCGCCGAGAAAAUGUACGAAAUGGCGGCCGCUUCGCAGUACGGCAGCACGACUGGGUACAACGAUUACUAUCACCCGCACGCGCACCCACAUCAUCCUCACCACCACGGGCACCCGCAUCCGCACCAUCAGCAGGCGUCGCUGUAUCACGCGGCCGCGGCCGCCGCAGCAGCCGCCGCGGCGGCAGCGGCUUCCGGUGGACCGCAAUCGUCCGGAUCGUCCGUGUCCGGCACUGCCGCCGCCGCCGGAUCGUCGUCGCCGUUGUGACAUCACCAUCACCAUCAGCAACUCCAGCAGCACCACCAGCACCAAUACCCGCCACUGGUUUGAAAACGGUUAGUGGUCGGUCGUGCACGGGGGCCUGCGUAGCAACAACGACGGCAGCAGCAAUAGUAAUAACCAAUAAUAAUUUAUGCGGCCGCGUUUGAUUUUUCUUCGAUAUAAUUUUCAAAUUUCAGUCGCGCGCGCAGCGUGACCCCGCGGUAUAGGUACGCAACGAACGUGUAAUUUUUAUUUUGUUUUUUCUAGUAAUCUCUCGAGUACCUUUCUGCCUAUAAACUAUUAUAUAUUAUAUUAUACUCAUAUGUGUUUGAUAUUACCGUCAUGUUUCGUUUUUAGAUUUAUUAUUAUUAUUAUUAUUAUUAUUAUUAUUAUUAUUACCUAUUAUUACCUAUUAUUAAUUAUUAUAUACGUGUGUAUGUACAGUAUAUAUAUUUUAUGUUAGUGUGUACGCGUUUAAAAACUUACAAAACGACCUUUUAUGUUUAUCUAUAUACAUAUAAAAUAUUAAAUUAUACAAAAUAGUAAUGCGCGAUGCGUGAUGCAAGUAUAUUGUGCAAGUAGUAACGUUUUUUCCCCCGUAACCAAAUACGUAUAUGCAUAUAAUAUAUAAUAUAUUUAUAUAUUUUAUACGAAUAAAUAAGUAUAAAAUAUGUGGAUAUUGUGAAUUAUAUGUAUAUUUAUAAACGUAGUAAGCUGUACUAUUGUGAAUAUAUUGGACGCUCACUGCGUGCCAGUAUAUAGGUACGUCGAGCGACUUAUACGAACGUUUUAGCCGCGUGACCAUAUAGUGAAUUAAAAUAAUUAUAAAAUUUAUAAUAUAUUAUAAAAUAUAUACUUUGAAAAUAGAAAUUUUUUAUAUUACUUUUUUUCUUCGUCGUCGCGUGCGCGGCAACGGCCGUGUUAGCCGGGUUUUAAACGACGCCGCCGCCGCCACUGCACUAAACUAUAUAUUAUUAUAUUAUACGCGUACGCACAGCAAACUGUUGUACUUUAAGUAUUUUUUUUUAUAUAUAUAUGUAUAUAUAUAUA